UCUCUCUCUCUCUCUCUCUCUCUCUGUGCGCGCUCUGGAAAGCUUUUUGGGGAAAAAGCGCGUCUCAAACGGUGUUUUAAUCGAUUUGGGGUUUUAACAGAGCUACAUUUUUUUUUUCCUUUAAUCAAAAAGACUGACUCGAGCUAUAAUUAUAAUCAUCUGCCACACUUUUUCCUCUCUGGCCCUGAAACUCUCCAUCCAUUCUGCGGUUAAUCGCCUGCGGCAACGCGGCAUCCAAACUAAUCAUGGCGAUUAAAAUCGGCUUUGCUGCGGGAGAGGAGGAGGAGGAGGAGAAGGAAGAAGAAGAAGAGGAGGAGGAGGAGGGCAAAUACGGGCAAGUCGUAGGCAGACAGGCACGCAGGGGAAAAACCAGCAGUGUCUUUAAGCCAUUUAGCGCUCAGAUAUACAAAAGGAGGGGAAAAGGUCUGUUCUGCGUCCAGCGCUGAUCGUCGCCAGGAGUCUUUUUUUUAUCCUCUGGUAUUUUUUCAGGCUGGACUGAGAGACAUGAGCUAAUUGUAUCCUGCACUUUUUUUUUUUCUUUUUUUUUUUUUUUUUUUUUUUUUUUUUUAGCCUGGAGGGGUGUCGGAGCCCCGGAGCGACUCUCCCUCCGUAUUAGUGCUCCGCGUUUCUCCGGCACGCUGCUGCAUUUCUCACCGGCGCGGCGCGGGCAGCGGAGGCACCAGCGCGCAGGGCCGAGCACCAGCACAAACCGGGGAAAGAAACGGGUGCAAAAAGAAAAACUUUUUCUCCCCAUGUUUCAGGAUAAUCGCUCCAGCAUGUCCAGGCCGAUGAUCACCAGGUCUCCAGCGUCUCCUCUCAGUAAUCAGGGCAUCCCGACGCCAGCGCAGCUCACCAAGUCCAAUGCGCCUGUGCACAUCGACGUGGGCGGCCACAUGUACACCAGCAGCCUCGCCACACUCACCAAGUACCCCGAGUCCAGAAUUGGCCGUCUUUUUGAUGGCACGGAGCCCAUUGUUCUGGACAGCCUGAAGCAGCACUACUUCAUCGACAGGGACGGUCACAUGUUCCGCUACAUCCUCAACUUCCUCAGGACGUCCAAGCUCCUCAUCCCUGACGACUUCAAAGACUUCAGUCUGCUGUAUGAGGAGGCGCGGUAUUUCCAGCUGCAGCCGAUGCUGGUAGAACUGGAGCGCUGGCGUCACGAGCGUGAGCUCAACCGAAUCUCAUGUCCAUGCGAGUGUGUGGUGGUGCGCGUGGCACCUGACCUGGGGGAGCGCAUCACGCUGAGCGGAGACAAGGCCCUCAUCGAGGACAUCUUCCCAGAGAUCGGAGACGUCAUGUGCAACUCGGUGAACGCCGGCUGGAACCACGACUCCACGCACGUCAUCCGCUUCCCUCUAAACGGCUACUGCCAUCUCAACUCUGUUCAGGUCCUGGAGCGACUACAGCAGCGCGGCUUCGAGAUCGUGGGCUCUUGCGGCGGCGGCGUCGACUCGUCUCAGUUCAGCGAGUACGUCCUGCGGCGAGAGCUCCGGAGAUCUCAGCGAGGACUCCAGACUAACAGGAUAAAACAGGAGCAGCUGGACUAGAACCCAACUCUAGAACCGCCUCACAGACUUCCAAAAAAGAUAGAAAGAAAGAAAGAAGGAAAGAAAGGCCACACACGGGCCAUGAAGAGAGCAGACAUUUCAGCAGUUGCCGAGCUCUUUGGGACACUUGAAAUGAUUUUUUUUUUAAGGAAACUUGAGGAAGAAAGCAUUUUUUGGUGAGGAUUUGUUAUAUAUGAUCUGUGAUGACCUUUGGGAAGAUCAGGACUGUCCAGAUGAGGACCUUGUUGAAAACGUUGUCCCUUUCCAUACAUUAAAUUUCAACGCAAACGUUAAGACAUCAUGUUCUGUUUGCAGUGCUAUAUACAGUAUAUAUAAAAAUAUGCAUAUAUUUUGCUAUUUCAUAUAAUUGACCCAUGGAUGUUGUUUCCUAAUAAUGUCAUGAAUAGGUUUAUUACAGAUCUCAACACAUUGGGAUGUGUUUUUUUUUGUUGUUUGUUUCAUAUUAUAAUGUACAAGCAAAGAUUGUGUACUUUUGUUCAUCUAAACUUCCUGAUCAUUUUCUGAAGUUGGUCAUUGAAGAUUGUCUUGUGAUACAUUUUACAUAUGUAUUUACUUUUACUCAAUAUGAUUAUAAGAUUAACAUGAAAUGUAUCAAAAAUUCCAAUUUUAAAUGAGAUAAAAUGCCACUUAUUUACUCUUAAUUUAUGAUCGGAUAUGAUGUUUAUCAGCUAUUUUCAUUUGUAAGUAUGUUUUUUUUUUUUCCUCUUUGGCCUCAAACCUCUUUUUGACUGAAUUUGUAAUUACAUUAAAUACAGGUUCCUUCUGAAAGCUGUCAAAACUGAGCAAGUCAUUUUGGCAUCACGCCACCUCGU